AUGGAUGAUGUCGACUCUCUCUUUGACGAUACCCCGUCGCCACACUCUGCAGUGGAAGGCUCCCGACGCACCGCGCCGCCUAUCCCAGGCCUGUACUUUGACCCCGCUCUCCGCCUGCCGCCCGAACUGGCGGAAGACGCGAUGUGGACGUGCAUACGCAUGUACUUCCAGAAGAGCGCCGUCGACCAGGUCAUGCUCUUCGAGCGCGCCUCGUCCCCCGGCAGGGGCCUCCCGCGCGUGCUCACCGCGCUCCUCGCCACACUCGCGGAUCUUCUCCGCCCGCUGCUUCCGCCGGAGAAGCACACGCUGCUGUUCCCCUCUGAGCCCACGGGCUGUGCGCGCCAGGCAAUUCUGAACCUCUACUGGCCUGGCGGCGGCAUCAUCCCACACGUCGACCUGCUCGACCGCUACGGCGACGGCAUCAUCGGCCGGGUGGACAGUGGGCCACAUGGUGAAGGCCAGCAGCACGGGCUGUACCUUCCGCCGGGGAGUGUGAUUGUUCUUACGGAGGAGGCGCGCUACGGCUGGACGCAUGGCAUUGAGGAGCGCAUGGAGGAUGAAGUUGAGUGUGAAGACAAGCCAGGAACGGCGGGCCUGCUGCCUCGAGAUAUCCGUCUGAGUAUAACAUUCCGCUGGCUUCUUCCUGGUGCAGACGUAGUCGGAGGACCUAUCCUUCAGACGGUGCAGGACAAUCGUGCCCAUUGA